AUGCGUCUUCCUCUGUUUCCGCUCAACCUCGUCUUGUUUCCGGGUGGGUACCUGCCGCUGCAUAUUUUCGAGGAGCGGUAUCGCCUGAUGAUGCGGCAUUGCCUUGACGGUGAACGGCGCUUCGGGGUCGUGCUCAUCAAUUCGGGUUCGGAGGUCGGCGAGCCGGCAGUACCGGAGGCGGUUGGGACCAUUGCCAAGAUCGACGAGGUGAGGACGCUCGAUGACGGGCGGAUGCUGAUCGGUGUCAAGGGCGAACAGCGAUUUCGCAUCUUGGAGAUCGUCGAGCAGCUACCGUACAUCAUUGCCGAGGUGGUGCCCCUGGUGGACGAUGCAGUCGACGUGGAGGAGGGCCUGAUCGCGGACGUUCGGCAAGCCGCGAAGGAGCACAUACAGAUCCUGAUGGCGCUGCGAGGCGAGCGGACACAGCCGCCCGGUCUGCCGACGGACCCCGCGCGGCUUCGGCACCUGGUCGGUUCCCAGCUUCAGGGUGAGGUUAUUGGCAAGCAGGGUGUCUUGGAGGAGGACGAUAUCUCGAACGCGCUGCGGCUUGCGCUCAGGCUCCUAAACGAGGAAUCGGCGACACUGAAGGAGCGGCUGAGGGACGGGAUGGGAAGGUCGUCGUCCAACUAG